AUGAACCUCGCAAGAACUGUUGAUUGCAUUCAUGCAAUAAUUCCGGGUAAUCCAUCCAGUCAAGCCUAUUCCAAAGGAGAGUUACAGUUGCCUGAAAUUUUUUCCAAGAACCAGGGUAGAACUUUGGCUUCUGAAAACAUCACCCUCUUCAAUACCAAACCCAAUGCCUCUCUUUCCCCUAAAUUUCCCUGUUUCAUUUGUUUCCAUCAUUCGUAUUCACCAUCUUUGAGGGACAAAAGAGGUAGGGAUGGGAACACUAAUUUUCCAUUUGAUAAAAUCAAAGAUGUUUGGAAGAAUGCGGUAGAGAAAGUGACUCAUUGUGCAGAAAAGGUUGAAGAAGCCUCCGAUGAGUUUAGUCUAUAUGUUCAACAGUUUCUCGACUCACAUCCAUAUCUUUAUAACAUGGUUAUUCCAGUAGGUGGUACACUGGCAGCCGCUAUAAUAGCAUGGAUUGUGAUGCCUCGGAUUUUAAGGAAACUCCACAGAUAUUCAAAGCGAAGUCCUGCUGCAAUACUUCUGGAGGGAAGCAUAUCUGGGGAACGAGUUCCUUAUGAGAAAAGCUUUUGGGGUGCUUUGGAGGAUCCAGUGCGAUAUUUGGUUACCUUCAUGGCAUUCUGGCAGAUUUGUGUAAUGGUAGCUCCAACAACUUUAGCCUCGCACCUUGGACAGGCUUGGAGGGGUGCGGUGAUCCUUUCAUUUGUGUGGUUUUUGCAUCAAUGGAAAACAAAUACGUUAGGACACAUUGCGUCUGGUCAAAGUUUUCUUGGGCUUGGUCAAGAUAAAUUGCUUGCCCUAGACAAAGUCUCAUCUGUUGGUCUAUUUGUGAUUGGCAUAAUGGCUUUGGCUGAGGCUUGCGGUGUUGCUGUACAAUCUAUUGUAACUGUUGGUGGUAUUGGAGGAGUUGCCACCGCUUUUGCUACCAGGGACAUCCUUGGCAAUGUAUUUAGUGGGCUGUCUAUGCAGUUUUCAGAGCCCUUUACAGUUGGAGAUAAAAUAAAAGCUGGCACGGUAGAGGGUGAAGUGGUGGAAAUGGGACUUACAACUACAUCAUUGCUGAAUGCUGACAAGUUCCCCGUUGUAGUGCCAAACUCACUUUUUUCCAGCCAGGUGAUAGUGAAUAUGUCCCGUGCUGAAUAUUGCGCCAUCACAUCUAAAAUUCCUCUGGGGAUUGGUGAUUUCAGUAUAAUUCCCAGGAUAUCAGAUGAUAUAAAGAGCAUGCUAAAAACAAAGGAAGUGGUUUUCUUAGGAAAAGAGGCCCCUUACUGUUAUCUGUCACGCAUUGAAUGUUCAUUUGCACAAUUGACUAUUGGAUACAACAUCAAGUACAUGAGAUGAUGAGAUGUAUAGUGCAGAACAAGAUAUACUGAUGGAAGUUGUAGAGAUUAUUAGGAAGCAUGGUGGUCAACUUGGCCGCCCUCGGCGUCAGAUGUCUUAUGAUUACGAGUAACCUUUCAAGAAAUUUGUAAAUGCAGACCAGUCUUUACUCGCUUUCUUCCUGCUUGACUUUGAUGAUGGAAGGUAGAAGCCAAGAUUUCAAGACUUGGUGCCUCUGAUACUUGGGAUAUGUAAUAAAGACAAUAACUUGGUAAAAUUUUCAGAUAAAAAUAUUUCUGUAGGUUUAUUAAAUUAAAGGGGUAGGAUAAAAGAUUACAUGUUUGUGCAAA